CUGGCCUUUUUAUCAAAUCAAAGAAACAAGCUAUUCGAAUUCCCAAACCUAAAGGAAAACUUCUGUCGUCUGUUUAAUUUUUUGUCAAUUCGAAGAGAGAUGGCUCUAAUUCCUCAAAUCUUUGGUCAGAGGAGCAACGUCUUCGACCCCUUCUCCCUCGACGUCUGGGAUCCUUUUCAGGGCUGGCCUUUCAACUCUCCUCGCUCCCUUGCUGAUCGUUCCGGUGCCAGCGGCGCUCUCAGCGAGACCUCAGCCUUCGCCAACACCCGCAUCGACUGGAAAGAGACGCCUGAGGCCCACGUCUUCAAGGCCGAUCUCCCCGGGAUGAAGAAGGAAGAGGUGAAGGUGGAGGUCGAGGAAGGAAGAGUUCUGCAGAUCAGCGGAGAGCGGAGCAAGGAGCACGAGGAGAAGAAUGACAAGUGGCACAGGGUCGAGAGGAGCAGCGGCAAGUUCCUGAGGAGGUUCAGGCUGCCGGAGAACGCGAAGAUGGAUCAGGUGAAGGCGGCGAUGGAGAACGGUGUGCUCACUGUGACCGUGCCUAAGGAGGAAGUCAAGAAGCCCGAGGUGAAGGCCAUUGAAGUCUCUGGGUAAUAUGAUACUAGGAUUCGUAUAGUCGGUUUUAUUUCUGAGUAUGAUCCGUUGGUAUGUUGUGAGUCAGGUCGAAGGUUUGUGUGAGUGUCUAGUUAUUUGCGUCUGUGUGAGUUGAGGUCUACAUAUAUCAUGUAAUAAUCGUAUGUUGAUUAUGAGUUUAAAUUGAGGUAUCUAAAGGUAUGGAGCUUGAAUGCUAAAUAUUUUUGCUA